AACAUUAUUGUUUAAUUUUACUUUUGUAAAACUACUACUUUCUGCUGAAAUACCAACAAUCAUUCUAAACACAAACUGUAUUGAAACUACAUUAGUUUUUUUAAUACUGUCAUAGAGGAAACCUAAUUUGGUUUAUUACUUCCGGUUUUAUGUCUUCUGACGUUUACAUCAUCCCGCGCAGUUUGUAUUUGGAAAUGGUUAUUUGGGAGAGAUAUUGUUCUAGUAGGAAUGCUUAGGAUUUACAUUAACGUAUUGUGUUAUUUAUAAUUAUGAAGGAAAUACAGUUACAAGCUGCGCACAAAAUGCAAGCUUUGCUUUUUAAAAUAUGGGAAGAAGCAAGUAAAGGAAAAAGAGAAGCUCAAUAUGUUGAUCAGAGCAAUAUUCAGGUGAAGCUGAUAGCUGAUGGAGUAGAAAACCCACUUCAGUGUUUUGGAAUUAUGAAUGGUGCAAUAUUUGUGGCGGAGAAAAUGAUCCCAAAGUCUGAAGAGAAGGAUGAUGAAUCUGUGGAAAAUUCUUAUUUAGUUGAAAGCAAUGAGACCUAUUUAGACUUUGAGGAGCCUUUGAGGCCUUUGCCUUUGCCUGUUGCACAAGCAAGGCAGUUACUUUCCUAUUAUUCCCUGGCGCACAAUCCAUAUAUGUGUCAAGUACGGAAUGACAGUAAAACAGCAGCUAUACUACCACCAUUGUGGGUAAGAUGUGAUGGUUCUGAUCCAGAAGGAACUUGCUGGCUGGGGGCAGUACCUAUUGUAGCAGGUGAUGGGAUCACAGGAAUCAGCUUCCAGUCUGUAACUUGUAAAGAGCCAGCACAUUGUAAAGCUGAUUUUAUUACACUGUCACAGCUGCAAAGAAUUCACAAAGAACGUCACCAUUCUUCUUCGGUGACGAUGAGGGGCUUUGCUCGAUAUGAUUUACUUGGAGCCACCAUAGGAGUGGACAAUUCUAUUAUUGAGUGCCGAAGUAGUGUCAUGGCUGAUUUUACUUGGAAUAAUGCAGACAGUAUUCUGCAGAGACCACCACUGACUUCUUCAGCCACUUUAAACAUAAAAAGAGAAUGUGGAGAUACCCAGAAUGUAGUACAUGAAUUGUACAUAGAGCUGGAAUUUUUGCUUGUUUUGGCUAAGGGUUUAAAGACUGGAGAGACAGACUGGCCUGAAUCUUUACAAACAAAAUCAGCAGUUGAGCUUGUCCAGGCACAGAUUGAUGACUUGAAAUCCAAACUAGAUGGGUUCUCCAAUCUUCGGAUUAAAAAAGAAGAGGCUGAAUCAGAGAAAGUAAAAAGUGAUACUGCAGCAUUUGAUAGCACCAUUAAAACAAACUUCAUAGAACGAUCUGAUCUGGACUUUGCAGAACAAUUGUGGUGCAUAAUGAGAAAGAGUGUUUCAUCUUACCAAGAUGUAGUUGAUUGUUUCACAAUGGUAGUUCGUUCUUUAAAACUUGGUGAAAUCCAGCCAUGGAUCCACAGAGGAAGCAGCAGCUUGCUGAGUAAAAUGGUAAAGCAGUCUUAUGAUGGAACAGUGGAGAACAUUGCACUUAAAGGACUAACUCCAAUUCAGAUGUUCUUGGAAAUUGGAUUAGAUAAGCUCCGGAAGGAUUAUGUCAAUUAUUUUAUAGGUCAGGAACUUACAACCUUAAACUAUCUGAACUACUUCCUUUCUACUUCAGUUGAUCUUGAGGAACAGGUACAUCAAGUUCAGAAGCUACACCACAUGCUGGAAAUUGUGGUCAACUGCCAUGCCUUUGUCAAGCUUCAACAUGAUAGCUUAUUUCUUUUCACACAGUCCUGUUUAAAGUAUUACAAAGAACAACCCUUCAAUGAACACCACGUCUUUCAUCUGCCAAUCAGGCCAACUGCUAUUAGUGCUUACUACCAGAAUGAGAGUCCUCAAGUCUGGAGAGUAGAAAUGAUUAGUGGACAUGGCCAAAAGGAGGUAAAAACAAUAUGCCAGUUUAGCACCAAGCCACCAGUCAACCAUGUGACAUUUAACACACAAGAAAUUUCUCUUGAUACAACAGUCAGUGGAGACACCAAAGAAAAUCUGUAUUUCACAACAGUUAUAAGCUGCAGUCCAGUGUAUUUCUGAUAAUUAUCAGCACAAAGAUAAUUUAUGAAAAAGACUCGUGAUGAUAGUGGAAAAAAAGAAAAUGAAGAAUCACAGUAGCAUGCAAGGACUUUCAACUUUUUCAGCUCAUGCAUAGAGCCAGAAUUUUCGGAUGAGUGGCCAUUCAGUUAUUUAUGUUUGCUGAACUUAGACCAGGAGAGAAUAAUGAUGAUGGCUUUGAUCAAGAUAUUUCUGGUCAUUGUUUCCUGCUGCUCAUUUUAAAGCAGUGUCUCUCUUGCCAGUUUUUAUCUGUUUUUUGUAAGUCAGAAUAAAAUUGUUUUCUAUA